AUGGCGGCGGAGACCAAACCCUCCUCCGGGACGGAGGCGGCGGCGGCGACGGCCGUGCAGUUCCAGGUGGACGAGGCGUACGAGUACCGCGCGCCCAAGUACUUCGACUUCGUCGUCGACGAGACGGAGGCCGACAUCCGCGCCGCCGAGCGCUGGUUCGAGGCCGGCGCCAGCCACGCGCCCUCGCCCUUCGCCCCGAGGAUCAAGGAGUCGAGAGCGGAGGUCAAGAUCGACGCACUCUGCGACUUCGCGGACGCGGAGGACCCGGCUCCAUCUCCAAAGAACCAAGCAACGGAGGACGCAGCAGUCAACGUCACAAAUCCGGCAGGGGAUAUCGACGGCACGUCUGCUUGUCCUGACACCAUGUCAGAGUCGCCGCCAUCAGAAGAGAAGGAGGAGUCACCCAAGUCUUUCGAGUUCCCCCUGUCCAAAGAUUUGGCUGCAAAAUCAGCAGAUGUUGGGUCUAGCACGCCUAAGAUUCAGAGGCCGCCUCCACCUGCGGAAGUUACCACUGCUGCGACCACUGCCAAGUCGACAGUGAAGGCUGAAGCGUGCACUCCCAAGGUGCAGGGGAGCUCAUCCACUCGCUCAAAGACCGUGCAACCGUCUAAUCUGAAGCAGUCCUCGCUGGCAUUAAAGAAGAAGAGUGUGAUCAAGGGGACUCGUGAUGCGGUGGCCGGAAAGGCAGCAGCUGCUGCAAAUGAUAUUAGGCAAGAAAAUCAGGCUGUGAAGAGGCAAAAACUAGAUGAUGGAAGUACAAGACAGAUAUUGAACGUCAAGUCCCGGGUGCUGCCUCACAAAGGAAGAUGUAGUUUAGCAGGAAGCACCGAGGUGGGACAGUCUUCCAUGAGGCACCGCGGUGACGACACCCACUCUCUGAAGGAAGUGACAGUGACUCCAUACAUUUCAGCAGCUGAAAUGGUCAAGAAGUUUGAGUCAGGGACUAGAGAUUUGGGCAGCCACUACAGCAGAUCAAUGUCUAAUGAGGAUGCAGCAACCGCCUCACAGAGAAGGCCCAAACUUAUGCUAACAAGGCCAAAGGAACCUGAGUUUCAGACUACCCACAGGGUCCGAGCAGUCAGAAUGAAAAGCUCUUCAGAACUAGAGGAGGAAAUGCUGGCCAAGAUUCCAAAGUUCAGAGCACGGCCAUUUAACAAAAAGAUAGCUGAAGCUCCGUCUUUCCCUCCUCUUCCAAGGACAGCUCCACAGCUCCCCGAAUUCAAUGAGUUUCACCUUAAAACGAUGGAAAGAGCGUCUCGACAUGCUGACACAUGUUCAGAAGCUUCUUCCGUAGGAACUAUGCGGAGUCAGGGUAGUAAGCCACUUAAACUUGCUGAAGCGAAACCCCCACAACUUGAGACAGCACUGCGCGCAAGGCCAUCAAGGGUGAAAAGUAGUGAGGAAUUGGAACUAGAAGAAUUGGAGAAAGCCCCCAAGUUCAAGGCCAAGCCACUGAACAAAAAGAUUCUUGAGAGCAAGGGUGAUAUUGGUGUUUUUGCCCACCCGAAGGCCCAGGCAACAGAGCCCAAGGAGUUCCAUUUUCGUACUGACGACCGCUUGGGACCUCCUGCAGUUGCGGAUCUUCUCGACAAGCUUUCUCUGUACUCUGAAUCUUCUUCCUGCCAUGACAAGAAAGAUAUGCCGAUACUGACGAUACCCAACCCUUUCAAUCUACAUACAGAUGAAAGAGGGCAUGACAAGGAGAGGCAACUAGAGGCACAACUGUUGCAGAAGAAGCUAGAGGAAGAGAAGGCCCGGAAAUUCAAGGCUAAUCCCUAUCCUUACACCACAGACUAUCCAGUGGUGCCACCAAAGCCUGAACCGAAACCAUGCACGAGGCCAGAAGGUUUUCAGCUGGAGAGCUUGGUGAGACAUGAAGUGGAGCAGCAAAGGCUAAUGGAAGAGAGAGAGAGGAUGGCGAGGGAAGAGGCUCAGAGGAGAAUUGUCAGGGCACAACCGAUACUGAAAGAGGAUCCUAUUCCUCUUCCACAGAAGGAGCGAAAGCCUCUUACUGAAGUGCAACAGUUUGAACUGCAUGUUGAUGAGAGGGCGGUUCAAAGAUCAGAAUUUGAUAACAGAGUGAAGGAGAAGGAGAUCACUUACAAGAGGUUGCGAGAGGAAAACGAAUUUGCACAGAAGAUCGAGGAAGAGAAGGCGCUGAAGCAGCUGAGGAGGACCUUGGUGCCACAAGCACGGCCCCUCCCAAAGUUCGACAGGCCGUUCCGUCCACAAAGGUCGACGAAGCAGGUGACCAGGCCCAAGUCGCCACAGCUUCAGGUGAAUGAAAGAGGGGCGAGAAGGCACCCGUUCAUGAGAUAG